GCGGCUGCGCGUGGGCAUCAGUGGGCGCAGUGAGAGAGUUCCGUAUAAAAGCUCCCGUAUCUCCCACUGCCUCUGACACUCUCUGUUUGAAUGAUACAGUGUCGUCUCCUCCUCCUGUAUUUCCUCGGAAACAUUUCCCGCAGUCGAAAUUCAAAUUUCCGUCUAUGGUUUUGACGCAAGCUACCAAAAUGUCCCGGACCGACGAGGUGCACCGUAUAACGGAGAAUGUCUAUAAGUCUAUCAUGGAGCAGUUCAACCCUUGCUUGAGGAACUUUGUUGCUAUGGGGAAGACCUACGAGAAGGCUCUCUCUAGUGUGACAUUUGCAGCCAAAGGCUACUUCGACGCACUGGUGCGGAUGGGAGAGCUGGCCAGCGAGAGUCACGGCUCUAAGGAUCUUGGGGAUGUGCUCUUUCAGAUGGCUGAGGUUCACAGACAAAUCCAGAUGCAGCUGGAAGACAUGCUGAAAUCAUUCCACAAUGAACUACUCACAGAACUGGAGAAAAAAGUAGAAUUGGAUGUGCGCUACCUAAAUGCAGCUUUGAAGAAAUAUCAGAUGGAACACAAAAGUAAAGGAGAGAGUUUGGAGAAGUGCCAGGCCGAACUGAAGAAACUACGCAAGAAAAGUCAGGGCAGCAAAACCCCCUCCAAAUAUGGAAACAAGGAGAUGCAGUAUGUUGAGACUAUCAGCAGCAAACAAAAUGAGCUGGAUAACUACAUCAAAGACAGCUACAAGAAUGCCCUGUCUGAAGAAAGGAGGAGGUAUUGCUUCAUGGUUGACCGCCAAUGUGCCGUGGCCAAAUCCAGCACCGCUUACCACACAAAGGGCAGAGAUUUGCUGACACAGAAGAUCCCAUUGUGGCAACAAGCAUGCGCCGACCCAAAUAAACUCCCAGAUCGAGCAAUGCUCCUGACCCAGCAAAUGGGUUUAGGAGCCGGUGGGACUAUAGGGGCCAGUUCCCAUCACACCACUAAAACAAACCUGACCAUCUCAGACCCCAUUCCUGGAGCCAAGCCACUACCUGUGCCACCAGAGCUUGCAGCUCUCAUGGGGAACCAACAGACGAGAAUGAUGGGAGCAGAAAGUGUGCCCAUGUUGAAUGGCACAUCAGGUGUUCAUGGAGGAGAGGACUACCACCGUUGGAUGGAGACCAGAGCCGCACACGAGAAAACUUCCGCACAGAUCCACAGACACGGUGGAGAGACCUACUCCAACACCCUGCCUGUUCGCAAGGUGGCUCUUGCCAAGCCCAAAAAUACUCUGGUGGAGACCCAGACCCUGCCUAGGUCUAGCUCAAUGGCAGCUGGGCUAGAGAGAAAUGGGCGGACACGUGUUCAGGCGCUCUUCUCCCAUGCCGCUGGGGACAACAGCACCCUCCUCAGCUUUACAGAAGGAGACAUCAUCACACUGCUGGUACCUGAAGCCAGAGAUGGCUGGCACUAUGGAGAAAAUGAGAAGAACAGAAUGCGAGGCUGGUUCCCAUUCUCCUACACUCGUGUGAUUCCUGAACCAGACAGCAAUAAACUCCAUGUCAGUUUGCAGCAAAGCAGGAGCAGCAGCACAGGAAAUCUUCUGGAAAGAGAGAAAGCUUUGCCAACACCUGACUACGGCAUGCCCGCCCGCGUCCUCGUCCAGCAGCAGAGCAGGUCACACAGCCGACAAAGACCAUGCAGCGUGGCAGUGCCAGGAUUCUCACAACAAGGGUUGGAGAACUACAAGUCUCGAUUCCAAACAAGUGCGGAGGGCAAAUUGAUUUCGACAGUGUGAGAGGACAGACAGACACACAGACAGGCACCACCCUCCCCUCCGUCCACACUCACUUCCCUGUCUACCUUUAUCUCUCAACAAUCCAUCCCCCUUCACUCCACCCACUGAGGAAGAAGAUUUAUAUCCACCCUUUCCCCUCCAUUCUAAAUCCCUUAUUUUAUCCCAGCUGGAAGCAGCCUGGUGAUCAUGACAGAUAUACUAAUGGAACUGGAAUGCUGAGUAUUCAAUGUUGACUUUCCUCAGUGUACGCUCCUAUCAUUACGAUGUUGAGUUUAUUUUCAAUAAAAGUAUUGAAACAGACUUCUCUGAGGAAUUGUCUAUAUGUAUCUCUUGCUUGUCUUUCAUGCAUGUACAUGUCAGCAAUGUAUAUAAACUGAAUGCAUCACUUUUGCCACCUGGAGAUCCACUGAUCUAAAUGAAACUGGUGUGGUAAUAAGUUUACAUUUGAUGUUGUAACAUUGUCGGCGGGUUUAUCCAAAUACAAACAAUAAUGUUAAUAACUGAAAUUAUACUUUUAGAGCAUAUUAAAAAUGUAUCAAAAAAUUAAUUUGGGUGUUUUCAAAUUCUUUAAUGCCUUUUACAUUUUGCAAUUGAAUGAAUUUGAUGUAAUUAUUUACAACUUUCAAUGUUUAUUCUAUUUUAUUGUUAUAUUGCUGAUGUAAAAUGCACUCCGUGGUCUCAUAAUUUUGGAGUCCCUUUAAUUAAGGUUUUGUAUUCUAACUGCACCAAGUGUUGAUUAAAACAGAAAUUCUGAGACAUUACACAUUUUUAUUCUGAUGUACAGGAGGCCUCCAUACUGUAUUUGACCUUUACUGUGUCUAAAGUGAAGACUGUUAUGUGUUCUGUACUGAAUUGGAACAAAUCCUUUGAAUUGCAACUAAAAGGAUAUAAAAAAAAAUGAAAAAAAAAAAGUUGUUUCUAGAACUCUUAAAAGUGAUGUACAAUAGGGGCAUGGUUCAUGCAUGAAAGAAAUGUCAACUGAUACCUAAAUAUCCAUGUCACAAGCAAAACUGUGUUAUUGGUUUUAUAAAACGGUGGUAAUAUAGUCAAAUACAUCAAUGUUCAUUGAAUACUUAAAUGAAUCAUAAUAAUCAAUUGCGGCUCAUCUAAUCAGAAUUUAGAUUUGGAAAUAUCCAUUUUAUAAUUACAGGUUUAAAGAUAUGAACUGCCAAACUUCUCUUGCUGUGUUACUGACUAGUGUACACUAGAUGAUCUAGUGUAGCUACUGUGAUACAUCCAGGGUUGGGAGGGUUACUUUUGAAAUGUAUUCCACUACAGAUUACAGAAUACAUGCUGUAAAAUGAAAUUUAUAACGUAUUCCGUUUGAUUACUCAAGGUCUGUAACGUAUUCUGAAUACUUUGGAUUACUUCUUCAGCACUGGUAGAUUUUUUCACUUGUUUUGACUAUAAAAACUCUGCCAGUACAGUAAAUUGUGAUCUAACGUGAAUUUUCUUGAUAAAAAAAUAUGAUCGUGUCUGGUAACAUGUGCAUGUAAAAUGGCUAGAAAUAGCAUUUUAGUUUAGCGUAAAGCUGACAAUUUACACAAGGUUUAUUUCUAUUUCUUCUGCUCCAAACUUACUUCAAACUUACUUCUCUGUCUGCUCAUUUGAAUAUAGCACAUCAUAAGAAAGUGUAUCACCGCUGUUCAAAUGCACUUUGGAUCGCAUCAUUUAUAUGUAUAAAUGUUUUCCAUCUGAAAGGACUAAAUAUUAAAUUAAACAAAUGACAAUAAAAUGCAAAGUAAUCUCUUCAGUAAUCAAAAUACUUUUUGAAUGUAACUGUAUUCUAAUUACCAAUGAUUUAAACUGUAACUGUAGUGGAAUACAGUUACUUAUAUUUUGUAUUUUAAAUACAUAGUCCCGUUACAUGUAUUUCGUUACUCCCCAACCCUGGAUACAUCCAUAUAAAUAAUGUGCCAAGUUUUCAUAUAAUCCAUACUCUAUAUGAGCCAGUGCCUUGUACAUUGCAAAUUAUAUUUGUACAUACCAAAAGUUUGUUCAAAAACUGUUGAAUUGUAAUAAUUAUUCUUUAGACUAUUUUCAUCCCUGUACAGUAAAUAAUUACAGCUUUUUAUUCAAAAGAUGGGUAAAUACUGGCAAUAAUCAACUUUGUUAACAUCAAUCUUUGUUCAUUAUGUCAGCACACUGUCUUAUGUGCUUUUAAUACACUUACAUACCACUUGUUUGUUUUUGUUUUUUUAGCCUUUUUUCACAGGAGUGAAAGCGAAACCUUAGUACCAUUGUAAUGAAAAGGAACUGAUUAAAGGCUUUGAAAUUGCCUUUUUAUAAAAAAAUAAAUAAAAAUAAAUGUCAAAAGAUUAAACUAUAAAAGAGGCGAUAGAGUUGAUGUUUGACACUUCUUUGCUUGUCUCUUAGUGAGUGAACAGUAAUAGGUUAAAGGUGCUUGCUUACCAUUUUCUCUGUAUUGUUCCUGAAAAGAUGUUUUACAGAAGGUGAUGCACAACUAAAUAAAAUGCACCUUCGUCAUUACCACAAGUGCAUGAGACACCCAGAUUGUACACUCGUUUUGCUACAAAGAUGUGGUUUCACAUUUAUUUUCAGCUUAAAAGAACAGUUCACCCAAAAAUGAGAAUUCUGUCAUAAUUUACUCAUCCUCUUAAAAGCAGUAUGACUUUGUGUGGAACGCAGAGGGAUACAAUUUGACACUAAUUCAGUGAAAUCUGUCAGGUUAAAAGGAUAUUUUCUGUGUGGCACUCUAUAAAAGGACUUUCACAGGACUUUUCACAGAGGUCACGCAGCCUACAGACUACGUGGAAUUCCUGAAAAUGUUAAUUCGGUUGUAGAAUGCGGUUGUCACUCCCGUAUUUUGCUGAACUGUGUGUGUACAGAACAGGAUUAAGCACUAAAAUGUGAAGUGACAACUGAAUUUAGCUGCAGUGUGUAUGGUCAGAGUGUUUAUACAGUAUGAACAAACCACGCUUACAUUUUAAAUUAUCGCGAUUUUCUCCGAUUUUUAUGUUAAAAUGUAAAUAGGUAUGUGCACACUGGAUAAGUCACCAGAACACUGGUUUGUUUUGUGUUUUUGGUUAAAAACAGUUUAUGACCUAACCGCGUUAAAAGAACACUGUUUACGGCGUUUACAUGACUUUGUGUUGUCGAGUUAUUAAAGGUGCUGUAAGCGAUUUUAGCCGUUCUAAACGAUUGAACCAUUGAAUUAAAAAUGCCCCCUCUUUUCAAAACGUUAAUACCGACACCGGUGUCCCAUGGUUGUCAAACACAACAGUAGCAAAAUAGCGCCCUCAACUGACAUCUAUUAUGAAUCUGAAAAUGGCAUUAAGCCUCAACGAUCCGCGUCAACAACAAAACUUUGAGAAGGCUCGAAAUGAUUGACAGGCAGAAAGUUGCCCACGGACAAAAUUGUUUCUGCAGUUUACAGAGUCUAGACGGAGACUAUAGCCUCUCUUCCACCAUCAGGCCGAACUGUUCUUGUUGCGAAACCAUUCUAUUCUGUGCCGAUCUGGGCCAGCCAGCACGGUAACAGAUUUUUUUUCCCACUGUGGUGCUGAAAACAGACUUCAAAUGUACAUAAGAAAUACGUCAGUCGUUACCUUGGUAAUGCAAGAGUUUAAGGACCACGUGAGAAGUGUGUUUAUUUUGCCCAAAUAGUGCACUUGGCCAGCUACAGAGAAAAAAAUUAGUAACCUUGGCAACUGACAAGUGACCAAUCGUGAGUCGUGACGUCACUACAGGCAUUCCACCAGCAUAGUUGAGCACGGUUGUCCUAUCCGUGCUGAGAAUUCCGGGCCGAGAACGGUUUCUAAUCGUGCCGUGCCGAAUCAUGCCCAGGUGGAAAAGCUAUUGUAACCAUUCCUCACUGUGCUCAGAACCAUUCGGCCUGAUGGUGGACUUAUUUAGCAGAGAUGGGCCACUUCUAUUACAACGAAUGGGAGAAAGUAGAACGGCCAACGUUCAACAGAUGUAGAAAGGAAGUCCCGCUUUACAGUUAAAAGAGCCAAUCACUAGAUAGGAGCUGCUCUUGCAUGCCACUUGUUUACAUAGAAAAAUAGCUGCCGGAGAGCAUUCCAAAGAUGGCUGCCAGUGGACUGACUUGCUAGAAGAAAGAAUUUGGUCUAGAGCUGUACAGAGACUGGUGAGAUAGGCCUGUCUCAGGACACAUAAUGAUAUUUUUCAGGGAGUAUGAACAUUUUGUGCAUGCCAUAGAACUGUUCAGCCAUGACAAAAAUUUGUAGGCGAACCCGGUAGUCUAAUUUGCCAUGGGUUCCCUGUGGAUUUUAUCCACAAGUUCAAAAACCCCAUUAUAAAAACCCAUAGGAAAAUCCAGAGGGAAACCAUGGCAAAUUCUCUAACAGGUUUUUGGACUACAAGCUGAUUAGCUCUAUUCUAUAUAAUAUAUAUAUAUAUAUAUAUAUAUAUAUAUAUAUAUAUAUAUAUCUUGCUUACAGCACCUUUAAGCAUAUUAAUCGGUGUAGAUUGUAGGACAUGUAACACACUCAUUGCCCGAUUUGUAAUGAAUCAUUUAUUUGAGUUGAAUCUAUUUAAUGAAUACUGGCUGAGCUAGGAAUGGCAUAUGUUGUGUUGUAUGGUAGUAUACACUGUGCCAUUCUGAAUUCAGCAACUGAUCCGGUUCCGACUUGAUGAUCCGGUCAGGCUCGAAACAGCAUAUAAGGGGCGAGUAAAUCAUGAUUAAAACCUUUGAGUUUGGGGUGAACUGUUCUUCCUCAAAACCAGUCCCAGGCUGUGUUUUGUGUCUGUCAUUCCUCCUCCUGUACCCUUUUCUUUUGCUCUCCUUUUGACUUUUUCCUUGUGUAACUAAACCAACGUCUUGCUAUAGCUCUGCCAACACUUUCCAUCUCUGUUUUGAUGAAUUUAGAGACAAAAGCAGUAAGGUGUCAAGGACUGGAAGCCAGUGCCAGUGUUUCUUCUUUCUUCACUAGAGUAAGGCCGAGGUACUGCUGCCACGCUCACUAACCCCGGGUAGCUCAGAGAAAUCUCCACUUGUCCACUUUUUAAAAAUGUUUUCUUCUGGAAUGCCCAAUUUUGGAUGUAAAAUAAAGGAAGUACAAAAAUGUACAGAAAAUAUACUCCAAUAUGCAUGUGUUUUGGGUUACACCAAAACAGUGUCAUGUUGCUAAAUGGCUUUUUACUCUUGAAAAAGAUCAAUAAAAAUGUCUUCAGAUGGAAGCUGUGUAGUCA